AUGGAAUAUUUAGCUGAUAUCUUCAAUUAUUUAAAUAACAUGAAUACUGGUAUGCAAGGAAUAGUGCCAGUAGGAACACCUCAGUCUCAUACUUCUGUUAUUAAUCAAAGUCUUUCACCACCAUUUUUGAAUCUAUCUACUCCAAAAAUGUUAAAAGAAAGAAACAUUUAUUUAUCACCAACAUCAAGUCCAUCAUCACAAUGUUCCAACAGAACUCCUGUCAAUCAAAAUACUAUUAGACAUUCAGGCUUAACUCAAGACUUCUCAGGUAAAAUGUCACUUAGUCCAAGUUCAUCAAAGCAUCUAACUAUGAUACAUAAACCAAUACAGCUAAAACCAGAAUUUAGGCAUCCAGGAUUAAUUAGAAAAGCCAAAGUAUCACCAUACAGUCCAGAUAAUGAGAAAUAGUUAUUUUUAAGCAAUAAAAAGUAUUUAUUGUAUAUAAAUCUGUACAGUAUUCAAUAAAGUUCAG